AUGCAAGAAGUAAACGUCGUGGGGCCAAUGUGGCAGCAGGUAUAUUCACAGGAAGAGAAAAAGGCACCAAAGGCUCAAUGUGUGGCACGCUCAUGCCGAUCAUUAUCGCAGAACCGGUCAUCAUUAUCGUCUAAUUCUUCCUCUAGAAAUUAUUCACUCAAUAUUGGUAAUGAAAAGACUUCAUUCUAUCUGAGAACUGAGCUUAAGGAAGAAUUGAAGAUAUUCAACGCCUUUGAAACUCGUCAAAAGCCAACUUGUGUUGUCAACGAAAUGAUCUUGAAGGAAAAGCAAAAGAGAGAAUUGAAUUUGAUUAAUGAAAAGUCAGAAAGUGAAUUGGGAAAGACCAAGAAUCAACUCGAAUUUGAAUUGCUCAUGCAAGGUUCAUCGCAAGGUGCCCAAAGAAUUAGUCAAGAAGAAAAUGCUGGAGGUAAUUCUGUCUUUUCUGAAAGUCUCUCCUUUGAAAUUGUAAAGAGACUCUUCUCUGCUGAACUCCUCAAGACUGAAAUGGAAAUAGGCUAUUGUGCAGGUUCUAAGAAGACUGACUAUAGUGUCAGAAUUGGACAAAAGAAGUAUGGUGUCUCUGUAACUAGAGCUUUUAACUUUUUGUCCUACAAGAGUCAAUCUGGUCCUGAAGUAAAUACCACCAUGUCACCAAAGGUAUUACGUAUGCUCUUAAAUAAGAAGCUCUCUGGUAUUAUUUCUAGUACUGAAAAUGUUUACGAAGAAGAUGGUUGGGAAAAGCAAUUCUUGCACUGUUUCGUUCCUUCAAUGGAAAUUGCAAAUAGUUUAAAGAGCGAAUAUAGAAAGAUGAAAUCGCAAUUCAAGAGCAAUACCAUCUUGUUAGUUACUGUAGCUUCUGAAUCUAGAUCUAUUUUCAUGGAAGUUGCUAAGGAUCAUGAAUCAGCCACCGUAUAA